AAAGAUGUAGGAUAGACGCUUUCUUUUUAUACAUCUGUCAAUGGCUACACGGCAGAGUAUGUUUCAUAGGAGUUGCAUGGAUACUCUUGUUCUUUGCCGGCUAAGGAGACCAAUCUUACCGUUUGAAUGCGCUUGUCCAACCCUUCCUCAGCGACUGCAUUAUUGGCAAUUGCAGUAGUCACAGGCCCACCACUAGUGGGUUACAUGGUUGGUGGGCGUGAACGGGACACGGUGAGGCUCGCGGUUACCCGCCCUGUGCUGCAUCUCCAUCACGGGCGUUUUUUUUGGUUGACAGGAUCCGACGAGAUCCGUUCUUUCUUUUUUAGCGAGCAGUACAGUCAGCAUAGGCUAUGCAAGCCGCGGUAUCCCGAAUAGCAACGUG